AUGGAUUUCAGAAAUUCCUUCAAAUCGCACAGCUCGUACAAACAGAUUCGAAGCCCCGUGGAUCAAAGCGAGGCAAGCCCUGAGCACCGUCCGAUCCUCCACGAUCACGAUCACCAUCAUCAAGGCAUGGACGAGCAACGCAACAAGACAGAGAGCUCUCGCUCUAGCCUCGACGAUGGCCGAGACGCACCCGUGGAACGCGAUUCCAGCUAUAAAUUCUGGCAAGACAACACCGGAACUUCCGAUCACGCCGUUCCUCGAACCAGCAUCAAAGAUCCGAGCGCUAUCAAUCGACGAAGCGGUAGAUUAAGCGGGAGUUUCGAUUUCGGAUCAGGUAAGCCGCUGCCUAUUGAGGAAUCUCCGACGAAAAUGGCCGGAGGAAAAUGGGGAGGAGGAGGAGGAGGAGAGAUCACACUCGACGUGGAUCAAGAAAACGAGGACUUGAGCCGCCACACGCAGCCAACGCCUACGUCAACGGCUCGAACCUCCUUCGACGCGUCGAGGGAGCUGCGAGUCUCAUUCAACGUCCGUGGAGCUUCCGGUACGAAUUUCGCCGGCUCGGUCCCUUCUUCUUCCGCUACUCCGUCGUCUUCUUCGUCGGCGACAAUGCGGACGAACCAGGAGACGACGACGCAGCAGGAACAGGAGGAGGUCUUGAGAUGCACGUCGAACAUGUCGUUUCAGAGGAGAUCAGAGCUUGUUUCGAGAGUUAAGACGAGAUCGAGGCUUCAGGAUCCGCCGAGAGAGGAGGACACUCCGUAUUCGGGUUGGAGAUCCGGCCAGUUGAAAUCCGGUAUACUCGGUGAUAUUGAUGAAGAGGACGAUCCAUUAGCUGAAGAAGAUGUACCUGAUGAGUACAAGAGAGGGAAACUCGACGCCAUAACAUUGCUCGAGUGGCUUAGUUUAGUCGCUAUAAUAGCUGCAUUAGCGUGUAGUUUAUCGAUUCCUUCUUGGAAGAAAGUUAGGGUUUGGAACCUCCAUUUAUGGAAAUGGGAAGUGUUCUUGCUUGUUCUUAUAUGCGGGAGGCUAGUUUCGGGAUGGGGGAUACGAAUCGUCGUCUUCUUCAUCGAGAGGAACUUUCUUUUGCGGAAACGUGUUCUUUACUUCGUCUACGGUGUGCGUAGAGCUGUUCAGAACUGUCUCUGGCUAGGGCUUGUUCUUCUCGCUUGGCAUUUCUUGUUCGACAAGAAAGUACAGAGAGAGACGAGGAGCAAGUUUCUUCCUUACGUAACCAAGAUCUUGGUGUGUUUCUUGCUGAGCACCAUCUUGUGGCUGAUCAAGACGCUUGUGGUUAAAGUUUUAGCCUCUUCGUUCCACGUUAGUACUUACUUUGAUCGGAUUCAAGAAGCUCUGUUUAAUCAGUACGUGAUCGAGACGUUAUCUGGUCCUCCGAUGAUUGAGAUGAGCAGGAUUGAGGAAGAGGAAGAGCGUGCGCAAGAAGAGAUCUUCAAGAUGCAGAACGCAGGCGCGAAUUUACCUCCAGACCUUUGCGCGGCUGCGUUCCCGCCGGGAAAGAGCGGGAGAGUGAUGAAUCCGAAGCUCUCUCCGAUCAUGUCGAAAACAACAGCUGAUACUGGAAUCACCAUGGAGAAUCUUCACAGGAUGAAUCACAAGAACAUCUCAGCUUGGAACAUGAAGAGGCUAAUGAAGAUUGUGAGACAUGUUUCGCUUACCACGUUGGACGAGCAAAUGCUUGAGACAACAUACGAAGAUGAAUCCACUCGACAAAUACGAAGCGAGAAAGAAGCUAAAGCAGCCGCAAGGAAGAUAUUCAAGAACGUUGCUCAGCGUGGCGCAAAGCACAUUUACCUGGAGGAUUUGAUGAGGUUUUUGCGUGAAGACGAGGCGAUGAAGGCAAUGGGACUCUUCGAAGGUGCACCAGAGAACAGAAGGAUAAGCAAAUCAGCUUUAAAGAACUGGCUGGUCAAUGCUUUCAGAGAGCGAAGAGCUCUUGCCCUAACACUCAACGACACCAAGACAGCUGUGAACAAGCUACAUCAAAUGAUCAAUAUCGUCACUGCCAUUGUCAUAGUAGUCAUAUGGCUUGUCCUUCUCGAAAUCGCUUCCUCCAAGGUACUUCUCUUUGUGAGCUCACAAGUUGUACUCUUGGCCUUCAUCUUCGGGAACACGGUCAAGACCGUCUUCGAGUCCAUCAUCUUCUUGUUCAUCGUGCAUCCUUACGAUGUUGGUGAUCGCUGUGAGAUUGACAAUGUACAGCUGGUGGUGGAAGAGAUGAACAUACUUACCACAGUGUUCUUGAGAUAUGACAAUCUCAAGAUUAUGUAUCCGAAUAGUCUUCUUUGGCAGAAAUCAAUCAACAAUUACUACCGUAGUCCAGAUAUGGGAGACGCAAUCGAGUUCUGUGUCCACAUUACAACUCCUCUUGACAAAAUCUCCACGAUCAAGCAGAGAAUAUCAAACUACAUUGACAACAAACCAGAGUAUUGGUACCCAACAGCCAAGAUCAUUGUUAAGGAUGUAGAAGAUUUGAACAUCAUAAGGCUAGCAAUUUGGCCAUGUCACAGGAUUAAUCACCAAGACAUGGCUGAGAGAUGGACAAGGAGAGCAGUUUUGGUCGAAGAAGUGAUUAAGAUCCUCCUCGAACUCGACAUUCAGCACCGGUUCUAUCCACUAGACAUCAAUGUCAGAACAAUGCCUACCGUUGUCUCGAGCAGAGUUCCACAAGGCUGGUCACAAAACCCUGUCUGA